AUGGCUAUUUACGUCGAAUAUCCCCUUCCCGAGAACGGCUUUAUCCGAAUAGCCACCAUCCAUCCUGGAGACUGGCAAGAUGAGAUCAAAAUCAGUUUGACUGUCGUCGAGUUCCUUGAGACUAAUCCUCCUAGAUAUGAGGCUCUGUCUUACGUGUGGGGGUCAGAAGAUGAUCCAGAAGCCAUUCGGAUUAUAAUAGACACGGAAAAGACCUUUAUAUUCCCCGUAACGCAGAAUCUGUCUACUGCCCUACGAUAUCUACGCCGACUCUCGGAGCCCAGGAUCAUAUGGGUCGACGCAAUAUGCAUUAACCAGUCAAAUAACAUUGAAAAGGGCGAGCAAGUCAUGAGGAUGGGAGAUAUUUUUCGAGCAGCGAGUCGCGUUGUUGGAUUUCUAGGCGAAGAAAACAACGAUAGCUCUCACGCAAUGAACCUUAUGUCUUAUAUUGGUUCUCAAGUUGACGUGAACUGGGAGCCCGUAAACAUGUGGCCGGCAAAGCAUUGCACAGACACGACGAUUAGUGAUCAGAAUUGUGUCUUACCGGUGGUAACAAGAGACAUGUGUGCAAUAUACCACAUAUUACAUCGCAACUUGUUCGAACGACUUUGGAUCAGGCAGGAGAUAUUACUUGCCAAUAGCCAGGCCAUCUUGCAAUGUGGCACGGCAGAGACGAGCUGGAUAGCAUUCCGAAGAGCAUUGCUAUGCCUCUUCGUCAAACCCACUAUCGAAUUCCAUUACUUCCACACAUUUCGACAGCGCUUGCAUUUCAUACGCGGACUCAUCUUUCCGAGAAGGAGCAUAUCUCUAAUAUCGCUACGUCUUCACUUUGAUGGGGCUAUAUGUCGUGACCCUAGGGAUAAGAUUUUCGCGAUCCGGUCGCUUUUGACGUCGGCGGAUAGGGACUGUUGUCCGGUUCCGGAUUACGGCAAAUCGUGGAUAGAAAUAUAUAAAGAUGUAACGUUAAGAUGGAUCCGGAAGUUUGGUUUCCUGGAAUUACUCCGGGACUGUCACUUCGAAUCCAAUGCUUCACAUCCAAGUUGGGUUCCUAAUUGGUCCAAAGCGGUAACAGCUCGACAACUAUGCCAACAACCGUUUCUAGCAUCCUCUAAGCUGGGUACCUAUGUAGAAUCCCCGAUGGAUGGGGUACUCCGCGUGCCAGGUGUGACAUCUACAGAAAUCAUGGAAGUCUAUCACAUUCCAGACCUUUCUAACGCCACUCUGGAAGACUUGUUCAAUAUUCAUCGCCAACUUUUAUUAACCCAGGAUAUGAGCCAGAUAGAGGGCAACCAGCUUCCGGAUGAACUAGUGGAAACCUAUGCUAAAACUCUGGUUUGCGGGUGUGUUGCUAGCGAUUUCACUGACAUCCCGUUUAUCACGCUGCCAGGUUUGAAGGAAGCCAAAAAUGUCGUUACGGAACUUUAUUCAGGGUCAUGCUACGAUCCUGAUCUUUUCAAACCAGGUAGCCCUGAAUACGAUUUCCUCCAACGAACUCGCAUCAUAGGGGGCAAAAAGUUCGCACGGUGCAGUAGCGGAUAUUUUGGAAUUGUUCCCCCACAUACACAAGUUGGUGAUCAUGUUUGCGUCCUAAUCGGCUGCAAUGGAGUUAUGAUUCUUCGACCCGUGGGCAGUGGCCAGUUUAUUCUCAUAGGCGAAGCCUACAUUGAUCGAUUACGCAUAGGUGAGGGCUUAUUAGGGCCCCUCCCUGAAAACGUUCGAAUGUUUUUAACCACUCAUGCUCACAAAGCCACGUUUGGCUUUCUGGAUAUGAAUUCGGGGGAUAUUACUUUCGAGGACCCGAGGUUGAGGAAUCUUCCGAUAGAUCUCUCCGACUAUAGGGAGCAACUGAAGGAAGACGGCCAUGCCAUUCUGUUCGUGCAUCCCGAAGUCUUCAAUAGUAUUGGUGUAAAUGUUCGGUAUUUCGACCUCAUAUAA